UACUGUUGUAAAUGUAACCUUGCUGUCCAAUUGAGGAGUGCUUUCGAGUGUCUUCAAGUGUUCGGUCAUUUCGCAAGCGCUACGUGAGCUUUAUUUUCGCUUCCGCAGCUAUAAAUGACUCUGUGUACCGACAUCAGCAUUUUGAUUUUGAUUUUCCUGCUCAUUAGGCCCUUGAAUUUACCACAUACCGGAUUCUGCCUGAUUGUCAGUACGACCGUAGGGUUAUUUCAUUUCAUCUCAUCAUCACGGCUAUCGUUACGCUACAAGCUUCCGGGCGGCGGGAAGUCCUAUUUCAAUGUAAGCUCGGCAACUGCUCCACCACCAGAUAUCGCAACGAAUGCGGACUUGUGCUGAGCGAGGUCGCCGCCUCGUAUUUGCAGCAAGGACGGUGAAAUUCACGGGA